AUGAAGGGGCGAAACGGCGAAUGUCGGGCGAUGGGAGACGAGGAGGCCGGCGGUGGAGGGAGGGACGACAAUGCGGGGAGGAUGGAGGAGCCGGUGGCUGGGGACGAAGAAGGAGCACGCCAUGAGGACCGUGUCGGACCGAGCUCGGAGUGCCCGGAGACCCCCCAAGAGCGCCAGCGGCGUCCACCCCCGGCCCUCAUACCCGAACCCGUGCGGCAAGGCGAGCGGCCAGGGCUCGCCGUCCUUGCGCGCCGAGGCGACCGCGAGACAGGGCCGAGGCCAUCGUCCGCGUUCCUUGGAACGUUAUACGUCGUACUCGCAUCACUGGAACCGGACAUCAUGGUGACUGAUGGCUCAUUGACACUGAUGCCCUGUGUGAUAGCUUCGAACGGGAGCUGUGUCGCGUACGAGAGGGACGCGCUUCUCUCCGUCAAGGAGAGCCUCUGGGAGCCCAGUGUCAACCUCUCGUCGUGGCAAGGUGAAGAAUGCUGCAACUGGAAAGGCGUCAGGUGCAGCUACAAAACCGGCCACGUCGUCAAGCUCAAUCUUCGUGGAAGUGCUCAAGACUGCCUCAGAUACUCUGCAUAUAGAGGUGCGAUAAGCCACUCCUUGGUUACUUUACAGCAACUGAGGUAUCUAGACUUGAGCUGCAAUAGCUUCAACUGGUCUGAGAUACCGGAGUUCAUUGGUUCUUUUCCGAGCCUUAGAUAUCUAAACCUUUCAUAUAGCUUGUUCUAUGGGAGAGUACGCCCGCAUAUUGGGAACCUCUCCAAGCUUGCUUACCUGGAUCUCAAACUCCCAAGUUAUAACAUAUUGUACUCAAGUGAUCUUCGGUGGUUAUCACACCUGUCAUCACUGAAGCACCUCGACUUGAGCUAUAUUAACCUUACCACUGCAGUGGACUGGGUCCACCAAAUUAACAUCCUUCCAAACCUUAGAAAGCUUUAUCUACAACAUACUGGCCUCAGAAGCACACCUCCUUUCCUUGAUCAAUCCAAUCUUACGGCACUUGAGGUGCUUGACAUCUCAUGGAACAACUUCAACACCACCAUUGCUCCCAACUGGUUUUGGAACACAACGUCCCUCACUUCUCUAAACUUGCAAGCUUGUAGAUUCUAUGGCCCUAUUCCGGAACACAUUGGCAGCAUGGCCUCUCUUGAAGCAAUUUAUUUCUCGGGUAAUGAUCUCAUGUCCACCAUGAUACCAUCAAAUUUCAAAAAUCUGUGCAAUCUGAAGAUACUAGAUUUAUCAGGCAGCGACAUCUCAGGGGACAUCACAGAGUUGAUGGAGCGGUUACCAAACUGUCCUUCAAACAAGAUGCAAGUGUUGGAUUUGACUGAUAGUAUGGUAAGUGGCCCCAUGCCCAAUAUGGCAGGACCUCUUACAAACCUGACCUGCUUGGCCCUGUCUCAAAAUAAGCUUACAGGACCUAUACCGCAAUGGAUAUGGUCACUCACCGAAUUGCUUAUUUUGGAUCUAGAUGGAACCGAACUAAAUGGCGUAGUCACUGAAGAUCACCUAAAACGCCUUACAAAUUUGAAGAUCUUAGGUUUGGGCAAAACACUUCUUGAGAUCAAGGUCAGUCCGGAUUGGGUUCCUCCAUUCAAACUACGAGCAGUUGUCUUACAGGGUUUGCAGCUAGGGCCGGCGUUCCCAUCAUGGCUUAGAUCACAGACAAGCCAUGAAACCCUUAUGAUUGCAAAUGCAAGCAUAACUACAAUCCCAGAUUGGUUUUGGGUUGCAUUUUCAAGGGCAAAAAUUGUGGAUCUGUCCUAUAAUCAGAUAACUGGCACACUACCAGCAACAUUGGAAUUUAUGGCAGCAGAAGUAAUGGCUCUGUGCAGCAACAGAUUUACCGGUACAAUUCCAAAAUUUCCGAGAAAUACUAAAAUCAUGUACUUGUCAGUAAACUCUUUAUCAGGGACAUUGCCAUCAGAUUUCGGGGCACCGUUGUUGCAGGUUAUUAGCCUCUAUAACAAUUCAAUAUCAGGUCCGAUUCCAUCUUCAUUAUGCUCGUUGUCACAAUUGGCUUUUGUAGACCUAUCAGGGAACAAGCUGACAGGAGAAGUUCCAAGUUGUGAAGAGGAUUCUAACCCACCCAUGCAUAAUCUUAAUGUGGUAAAUUUGAAUACCAACAAUCUUUCAGGAGAGUUCCCAAGAGUUUUUCAAACCUGCCCCAACCUUGUUUUUGUUGAUCUUUCAUACAACAAAUUCUCUGGAGACCUACCCCUCUGGAUAGGGGUGAAGUUACCGUACUUAGCAUUGUUACGCUUGCGGUACAAUAUGUUUUCUGGCCAAAUUCCCACUGAAAUUGGAAAAUUUCAAGAGCUACAGUUUUUAGAUCUUGCACACAAUAACUUCUCAGGAAGCAUGCCGAACUCAUUAGUUAACUUGAGUGCAAUGGCCCGCACUUCUGGAUAUAGCAAUGUUCUUGGGCAACAACUCGAUUUUUCCCCUGAAAUCCUAUACAUGUCGAUUCUUGAUUUGUCGUGCAACAAUUUAACUGGAGCGAUCCCUCAAGAUAUUGGUGCUUUAAUUGGAUUAAGAAGUCUGAACUUUUCAUGGAACAACUUAAGUGGUGCAAUCCCUGAAAAAAUUUGUGAGCUUGAGCAAUUGGAAUCUCUGGACCUGUCAAAUAAUGAGCUUUCACACGAAAUCCCUUCAAGCAUGACAGCUCUUACCUCUUUGAGCCAUAUGAACCUGUCAUAUAACUCUCUGUCAGGAAUGAUACCAACUGGUAAUCAGUUUCAUACUUAUGACGCAUCCGUCUACAUUGGGAACACUGGUUUAUGUGGUUACCCCUUGACAAACAUCUGUCCAGGAAAUAGUUCAAGUCGACCUACACAUGCAGGUCAUGGAGAUGGAUCUGAGGAUAUAUCCCUUUACCUUGGUUUGGCUGUUGGGUAUAUCCUUGGCCUUUGGGUGGUCUUCUGUGUGAUGUUGUUUAAAAAAAGCUGA